AUAGAAAUGAAACUUUUUAUUUUACUAAGUUGCACGAUAAUUUUCGUCUCAGGAAGAUCAUCAAAUUGGGACAUUUUUCAUAUUCCAUUUCGUCAGAAUAGUUUGAAAACUUAUUUUCAUUUUAAUUAUGAAGAGAGAAAAGCCGAGACGAAAAAAGAUUACUCCGUUUGUAGAUCACAAGAUUGUUUUAAAGUUGCUUCAGAAUUCUGGGAAAGUAUGAACAAAUCAGUGGAUCCAUGUGAUGAUUUUUAUGAAUACGCUUGUGGGAACUGGGUGAAAAAUAAUGCAAUUCCACCAGCGGAAAUGAAAUGGAAUACUAUUCGAAAAAUGACAAAAGAAGUAGAAUACAAAAUUCGAGAUUUUUUGGAAGAGGAAUUGAAUGCGAAUGAUUUGUUACCCAUAAAACAAGUGAAAAAAUUUUACAAAUCCUGCAUGAAUGACGACGAACUGGAGAAAACAGGACUCAAGCCACUCGAAGCAAUAAUUUCGAGAAAUGGAGGAUGGCCUUUACCCAGUGAGAAAUUUCUCACCGGUCCAAUAUCGGUCCAAUAUUGGGAGCCAAGAGACCGAUCAUCGGUCUUGGCAAUUUCUCACUGGGUAAUCAUGGAAUCAGGAGAAUGGUUCGAGGAAAAUAUUAGUUGGCAACAAGUCGAUGAUAUUUAUUCGCGUCUUACAGGAUCAUCAUUUUAUUCUUUUGACAUAACGAAAGAUAAACGGAAAAUUGAAUCGUUUCAAGAUUUCAAAAUUAUCAAUUCAUCAAUAAUCGAACUGAAAUUACCAGAAUUACCGCCAGUUAUUGCAUUGGAAGAUGGAAUGAAAUUCGAUCGAAAGAAAAUAUAUGAUGAUGGAAGUUAUGGAAAAUUCAUCAAGGAAAUUGCUCUUGUUUUUAUUGAAGAGAGAAAUGCCCAUGUAAGUGAGGAAACAUUAGAUGAGGAUAUUGAGGAUUUAAUCAAUUUCGAAAAAAAAUUAGGAGCCGAAAGUAAAAUUAAUCAUUUGACUCCAUUGUUUACUCCAUUAGAAUAUUUUUCAAAAAUGUGCAACACAGAGGAGGGGGAAUCUGAAUUUCUAAGCAAGCCACAGCUGAAUUUGACCAAAUCAUUUAAGAAUUUACUUUUUGAAGCGAAUAUUGAACUUAGCGGAGAAAAUGAAUUUUCUGUAAUUCCAAAAGUAAAGAUGUAUUUGGAUAAUCUUUGUGAAAUUCUAAAAGAAACAAAGCCAAGAACGAUUGUUAAUUAUAUUCAUUGGAAUUUCUUAAGUAAAAUGUUACCACACACAACAUCGAAAAUUCGAGAAUUCUUCUACGAGUUCAAAAAACAUUUGACUGGUGUGAAAAUUCAAAAACCAAGAUGGGAGACGUGCAUUGUUAAUAUACAAAUGCAACACGCAAUGGCUUACUAUUUUGUUAAAAAAUAUUUUAAGGAGAGUAUGAAGAACGAUGGAGUGGAAAUGCUUCGAACAAUUCAGAAAGCGAUGAUAAAGCAAAUUUUAAAGUCAGACUGGCUUAGCGAAAAUGCGAAAAAAAUUGAACUUGAAAAAAUUAAGAAUAUAGGUACCAUUUUUGGUUACCCUAAUUGGUACAAUAAUGAUGUAGCUUUUACAAAUUAUUAUCGUGGGAUGCCAAUUGGACACCAGUAUCUGGAUAAUAUAUUAGUGUACAAAAUAUAUUUAUUGAAGAAAAAAUUACGAAAGUUAGGAAAUUAUGAAAUUGAUUUAGAGUGGUUUCCAACUAUCGUAAAUGCUGCUUACAACACAUUGUACCAUGAAUUAUUUUUGCCAGCCAGCCUGUUUCAAUAUCCAUUUUAUUCUCCAACUCAACCCGAAACAAUUAAUUUUGGUAGUCUUGGUACUAUAAUGGGUCACGAAAUUGCUCAUGCCUUUGACGGUAGUGGAAUACUUUUCGACAAGAAUGGAAAUCCUGUUGAUUGGUCGGAAGAAGAUGGAAUGGAAUUGGAAAAAAAUGCAAUGUGCUUUUUCACACAGUAUGGAAAAUUUUAUCAAAUUGAUGAAGACGAUUCUUUAAUGGGUGGUCGAGAAAAAACAUUGGAUGAAGAUAUGGCUGAUUCACUAGGAGUCGAUAUAGUUUUUGAGGCUUUUGAAGAAAUGGAAAAGGAAAAAAAUGAACCACGAUUGCCAGGAUUUGAGAAAAUUUGGUGCACCAGCGCAACUCCAGAAUAUGAAGAAUUGGUUGGAAAAGAAGAUGUACACAGUCCAUCGCGUUAUAGAGUGAUUACAACUGUUCAAAAUUCUGAAGGAUUCUCCAAAGCUUUUAAUUGCCCGAAAGAAAGUCCAAUGAAUCCAAAAGAAAAAUGCCGACUUUGGAAAAAAUAACAAAUAUGUGAAAUUAAAUAAUCGAAUUUUUCCUGUAAUAGAUAAUUAUUAUCAAAAUAAAAAAAACCAUUUUUAAUUCA